UCCUCCCUACACGUAGGCUCACGCGCCUGCUCUCUCCUCUCUUUCUCUCUCAGAAUGACACCUCUAGGUAUUGCUUUGGGUAUGGUUUUCUAUUUACUUCAAGCCGUUUCUGGAGAAAGUGGCUAUGCAGAGAAUGGAGACUUUGACGAUGCAGAAAUGGAUGACUACUCAUUCUCGUGCUACAGUCAGCUGGAAGUGGAUGGAUCCCAGCACUUGCUGACCUGUGCAUUUGACGACCCGGACAUCAACAGCACCAAUAUGGAAUUUGAAAUAUGUGGGGCCCUUUUGGAGGUAGAUUGCCUGAGUUUUAAUAAACUGCAAGGGAUGUAUCUCAUCAAGACAAAGAAAUUCUUACUGAUUGGAGACAGUAAAAUAUGUGUGAAGCUUGGAAGAAAAAGCAUGACUUGCAAAACAAUGAACAUAGUCAAAAUAGUUAAACCUGAGGCUCCUUUUGACAUAAGAGUCGUCUAUCGCAAGGGAGCAAAUGACUUUGAGGUGACAUUUAAUACAUCGCACUUACAAAAGAAGUAUGUGAAAGAAUUAAUGCAUGAGGUAGCCUACCGUCAGGAAAAAAAUGAAAAUGAUUGGAUGCACAUGAAUUUAUCCAGUACAAAGCUGAUGCUCCUACAGAGAAAGCUACAACCCAAUGCAAUGUAUGAGAUUAAAGUUCGGUCCAUCCCUAACACCAACUAUUUUGAAGGCUUCUGGAGUGAAUGGAGUCCAAGUUUCCACUUCAGAACUCCAGAGACCAAUGGCCCAGGGGAGAUGGAUCCUGUUUUACUAAUUAUCAUCAUUCUGAGUUUCUUCUCUGUGGCUCUGAUUGUCGUUCUGGCCUGUGUGUUGUGGGAAAAAAGAAUCAAGCCUAUCAUAUGGCCCAGUCUCCCUGAUCAUAAGAAGACUCUGGAACAACUGUGCAAGAAACCAAAAAAAAAUUUGAAUGUGAGUUUCAAUCCUGAAAGUUUCCUGGACUGCCAGAUUCAUAAGGUGGAUGGCAUUCAAGCUAGAGACGAAGCAGAAGGCUUUCUGCAAGAUCCUCUUCCUCCACAGCUAGAGGAGUCUGAGAAGCAGAGGCUCGGAGGGGGUAUGCAGGGCCCCAACUGGCCCUCCGAGCAUGUAGGUAUCAGCCCAAAAACUUUCAGAGGAGAGUCGUCAUUCAGGUGCCUGGCUGGGAACAUCAGUGUGUGUGAUGCCCCUGGGCUCCCCUUCUCCAGGUCCCCAGAUUGCAAGGAAGGUGGCAAGAAUGGGCCUCUCCUGUACCAAGACCUGCUGCUUCGCCCUGGCAGCACCCUGCCCCCUCUGUUUCCAUUCCAACCCGGAACCCUGACAUUGAACCCUGCUGCCCAGGGGCAGUCCAUCCUCACUUCCUUGGGAUCAAGUCAAGAAGAAGCCUAUGUCACCAUGUCCAGCUUCUACCAAAACCAGUGAAUUGCAAGAAAUCGAUGGCCAGAACCAUCAUGAUGAACAGAGAUAACCGAGUCCCACUCUCGCUCACAGCACAAAGAAGACAAAAUGAAAGCAGCCCCUCGACAUGGUCCACAGGAUUCUGAAACAGUGUUUCGACCACACCUCCCUGCUUCAGUGGCAAGAGACAGGAGGCAGGGGCAUUCUGCUUCAGGCAAUGCAAUGAUUCAUUUAUUUCAGAAAGGAAAAAAAGCAGAAAAGAGUGAAAGAAAGGGUGGAGGAAAAGAGGGAAGGGUGGGGAGGGCAAAAGGGAGCAAUGGAAGAAAGAAGGAGAGGAGAAUUAGAAUAAGAGAUACCAUUAUCAGGAAUCACUAUGUACACAAUGCUGUGCUACACGCUCUACACAUCUUUUCGCACUGCAUCCUCACAAUAAUCCUGGGAGGUGGGUGCGAUUAGGAUCAUUCUCUAUGUUACAGAUGAUGAAACUGUAGCUUACAUUAGCUUAUCCAUGCUCCCCACUCAGCAAGGAAUAGAAUCAAGAUUUGCUGCCCAGGAGUCUAACUGCAUCUCCUCCAAGUCAUGUGCCUUCCUCUUAACUAGGGACUGUCCCACUCUCGAGUGCCAAACCUCACUUAGAACAGGGUGACUCUAUAAUGUAUUGUCCAAACUGGGUCACUUUUGCAAGUGAAAGGGGAAGUUAUAAAUAAUCACUCCAGGACAACAA